GUUUCCUGCCUCCAUAUGUGUAUGGCAGCAUUGUUACCGGUGCACGUACUGAAACAGAGUGGAAUAAGCUGAAUCAUGUUAUAAAAUAUCCACGGUGCAGGCAUGCUUGGUAUUUGGGGUAACCCUGUAGAUGGUAUAGGUCAUCGUUAUUCUCUUACAGUAUAUAGUGCACUUUGCAUAAUGACAGGCUAAGUCGUGCUGUUGGCAGUGGGUUUCAUGGAUCAUGUGACGAGCAGACUGAUGCUUGCCUAGAAUAUGAUUUGUUGCAAACAGAUAUCAUGAUGUCAGAAUGCAUUUCAAUUGUCAUUGGAAGAUAUUCAUACUGAGACGCAAACGGCAAAGUAGGCAGAUUAAAAUGAUUUAAAUCACUGGAUUUAUGAAAGCCCUGCAUUUUGCAGUCCCUCAGCAUGGCAGGACUUCAGCUCAUGACUCCAGCCUCCUCUCCAAUGGGUCCCUUUUUUGGGCUGCCCUGGCAACAGGAGGCUAUUCAUGACAACAUUUAUACCCCACGGAAAUAUCAGGUGGAACUACUCGAAGCAGCAUUGGAUCAUAAUACCAUAGUAUGUUUGAAUUCUGGCUCAGGGAAGACAUUUAUUGCAGUACUACUCAGUAAAGAGCUGUCAUACCAGAUCCGUGGGGACUUCAGCAAAAAUGCCAAGAGGACUGUGUUUCUGGUCAAUUCCGAGAAACAGGUUUCUCAACAAGUGUCUGCUGUCAGGACCCAUACAGACCUCAAGGUGGGGGAAUAUUCAGAUCUACAAAAAACACAAUGCUGGGCAAAAGAAAAAUGGUACCAGGAAUUUGAAACUCGUCAGGUCUUGGUCAUGACCUGCCACAUCUUCCUGAACGUUCUGAAAAGUGGGAAUGUGUCAUUGUCAAACAUUAAUCUGUUGGUGUUUGACGAAUGUCAUCUUGCAAUUCAAGAUCACCCAUAUCGAGAAAUCAUGAAGAUAUGUGAGAGUUGCCAGCCGUGCCCUCGGAUCCUGGGUCUAACUGCUUCAAUAUUAAAUGGAAAAUGUGACCCUCGUGACCUAGAGGAAAAGAUCCAGAAACUAGAGAAAAUAUUAAGGAGUAAUGCAGAAACUGCAACUGAUUUGGUUGUUUUAGACAGGUAUGCUUCCCAGCCAUGUGAAAUUGUGUUGGACUGUGGGCCAUACGUUGACAGAAGUGGACUGUUUCAAAGACUUUUAAAUGAAUUAGAUGAAGCACUUAACUUUCUCAUUGACUGUAAUAUUUCCACACAUUCUAAAGAGAGAGAUUCCACAAUAAUUUCAAAACAGAUUCUGUCAGACUGUCGGGCUGUUCUGUUAGUCUUGGGACCAUGGUGUGCUGAUAAAGUUGCGGGGAUGAUGGUGAGAGAGCUGCAGAAGUAUAUCAAACAUGAGCAGGAAGAACUGCACAGAAAAUUCCUUUUGUUUACAGACACUAUCUUAAGGAAGAUCCAUGCUCUUUGUGAGGAACACUUCUCACCAGCCUCUCUUGAUAUGAAAUUUGUCACGCCUAAAGUUAUAAAACUUCUGGAAAUCUUGCGCAAAUAUAAACCCUAUGAACGGCAGCAAUUUGAAAGUGUUGAAUGGUAUAACAAUAGAAAUCAGGAUAACUAUGUGUCUUGGAGUGAUUCUGAAGAUGAUGAUGAUGACGAAGAUGAAGAAAUUGAGGAGAAAGAAAAAACGGAAACAAGUUUUCCAUCCCCAUUCACAAACAUUCUGUGUGGCAUCAUCUUCGUGGAACGUAGAUACACAGCCGUAGUAUUAAACAGGUUAAUUAAAGAAGCCGGGAAGCAAGAUCCAGAGCUGGCCUAUAUCAGUAGCAACUUUAUUACAGGACACGGCAUAGGAAAGAACCAGCCACGCAAUAAGCAGAUGGAAGUUGAGUUCAGAAAGCAGGAAGAGGUUCUUCGUAAAUUUCGUGCACACGAAACCAACUUGUUGAUAGCUACAAGCAUUGUUGAGGAAGGAGUGGACAUACCAAAAUGCAACUUGGUGGUUCGAUUUGAUUUACCUUCAGAGUACAGAUCCUAUGUUCAAUCCAAAGGCAGAGCCAGAGCACCAAUCUCAAAUUACAUCAUGCUAGCUGAUAGUGAUAAAAUAAAGACAUUUGAAGAGGACCUUAAAACAUACAAAGCAAUCGAAAAGAUUUUGCGGAACAAAUGCUCAAAAUCCAUUGAUUGUGGAAAUACGGAAUCUGAGCCCGUUGUGGAUGAUGAUGAAAUAUUUCCACCUUACGUAUUGAGACAGGAUGAUGGCAGCCCACGAGUUACAAUCAACACAGCUAUUGGACAUAUCAACAGGUACUGUGCUAGGCUACCUAGUGACCCAUUUACUCAUCUUGCUCCUAAGUGCAAAACACGAGAGAUGUCUGAUGGACCUUAUCGCUCAACUCUCUACCUGCCAAUUAAUUCUCCACUUAGAGCCCCCAUUGUUGGCCCUCCGAUGAACUGUGCAAGGCUAGCUGAGAGAGCUGUAGCUCUUAUAUGCUGUAAGAAACUACAUGAAAUUGGCGAACUGGACGACCAUUUAAUGCCUGUUGGCAAGGAAACUGUAAAAUAUGAGGAGGAGCUUGAUUUGCAUGAUGAGGAAGAAACCAGUGUUCCAGGCAGACCUGGAUCCACAAAAAGAAGGCAGUGCUAUCCAAAAGCUAUCCCUGAAUGUUUACGGAACAGCUACCCCAAGCCCGGUCAGCCUUGUUACUUGUAUGUCAUAGGAAUGGUAUUAACCACUCCUCUACCAGAUGAACUUAAUUUUAGGAGACGGAAACUGUAUCCCCCUGAAGACACAACAAGAUGUUUUGGAAUACUGACUGCCAAACCCAUACCUCAGAUUCCUCACUUUCCUGUCUAUACUCGCUCAGGAGAGGUGACCAUAUCAAUUGAACUGAAGAAGUCUGGUUUUACAUUAAACUUAGAACAACUUGAGCUCAUUACUAGACUCCACCAGUACAUUUUUUCACAUAUUCUUCGUCUUGAGAAACCUGCACUAGAAUUUAAACCCACAGUAGCCGAUUGUGCUUACUGUGUUCUACCUCUUAAUGUUGUAAAUGAUUCUGGCACUUUGGACAUUGAUUUCAAAUUUGUAGAAGAUAUUGAGAAAUCAGAAGCACGUACUGGUAUACCUAAUACACAGUAUUCAGCUGAAAGUCCUUUUAUUUUCAAAUUAGAAGACUACCAGGAUGCAGUUAUCAUUCCAAGAUAUCGAAAUUUUGACCAGCCACACAGAUUUUAUGUAGCUGAUGUAUACACUGAUCUUACACCACUCAGCAAGUUUCCUUCCCCUGAAUAUGAAACAUUUGCUGAAUAUUACAAAACAAAGUAUAACCUCGAUCUCACAAACCUCAAUCAGCCACUUUUGGAUGUGGACCACACAUCGUCAAGACUUAAUUUGCUGACUCCUCGCCAUCUGAAUCAGAAGGGGAAAGCUCUCCCUCUAAGCAGUGCUGAAAAGAGAAAAGCCAAAUGGGAGAGUUUACAAAACAAACAGAUCCUGGUUCCAGAGCUUUGUGCUAUACAUCCAGUCCCAGCAUCCUUAUGGAGAAAAGCGGUUUGCUUGCCAAGCAUACUUUAUCGAUUGCAUUGCCUUCUUACAGCAGAAGAACUGAGAGCCCAAACCGCUAUUGAUGCUGGAGUAGGGGUCAAAUCUCUUCCUGAAGACUUCCGAUACCCAAAUUUGGAUUUUGGAUGGAAAAGGUCUAUAGACAGUAAAACAUUCAUCUCUAGUCAAAGCUCCUCAGCUGUCGAAAGUGAAGGUGACUGCAGACUCAAUACAACCAUGGUCCCUGACAGUGCUACAAGUUCAGCUGCUAAUCAUGUAAUCUACACGCAAACUAAUGACCAAAUGUCUGUGAACUGCACACCGCUAUGUCAGAAAUCUCUGAGUGACCUCCGAGGGGUUUGCUUCUCUGAGGAUUACAAAGCAAUUAAUGGUGUUUCUUGCAAUGGUGUUACCAGUGAUUCGGAAGCAGAAAGUGGUGUGUGUUUCCAGAAGGAUGAACGAAUUGCCUGCACGCAGGAAAUACCUGAAAAAUCUACCUCGUUUCACAUUCAGAAUUUACCUAAGGAGAACCAGCCCAUACUUAAUGAAUGUACUCUGAGCAAAAAGUUUCUUGAUGGAAAUGUCAGCAAACCUACCUCAGAUGAGUGCCCCAGCACCUGUACUUCAGACAUGCAAUAUGAAAGUGGGCUUUCCAAUGGGUACUCUUCAAAAACUCUUGGCCCCAACCCUGGUCUUAUCCUUCAGGCCUUGACUCUGUCCAAUGCAAGUGAUGGUUUCAAUCUGGAGCGUCUUGAAAUGCUUGGUGACUCAUUCUUGAAACAUGCCAUUACCACAUAUCUGUUCUGCACAUACCCUGAUGCUCAUGAGGGUCGUCUGUCCUAUAUGCGCAGCAAGAAGGUCAGUAACUGUAACCUUUAUCGGCUUGGAAAAAAGAAAGGCUCACCCAGCCGGAUGGUGGUGUCCAUUUUCGAUCCACCUGUUAACUGGCUUCCCCCUGGUUAUAUUGUUAACCAGGACAAGAGUUCUGAUAAGUGGGAAAGUAAUGAAACGUCUGGUGAGGGUGUGAUGGCUAAUGGCAAAAUUGAUGAAGACUUUGAUGAUGAUGAUGAAGAAGAUGAAGAUCUUAUGUGGAGGAAUCCAAAAGAGGAAACCGAUUUUGAUGAUGACUUUCUAGAAUAUGAUCAAGAGCAUAUAAAAUUCAUUGACAGCAUGUUAAUGGGAUCUGGGGCAUUUGUGAAGAAAAUACCUCUGUCUUCAUUUGCACCCCCAGACCAGAAUUAUGAAUGGAGGGCACCAAAGAAACCUCUACUGGAAAGUGCUCAGUUUCCUUCUGAAUUUGAUGAUUUUGAUUACAGUUCUUGGGAUGCCAUGUGUUAUUUGGAUCCCAGCAAGGCUGUAGAGGAGGAUGACUUUGUAGUAGGCUUUUGGAAUCCAUCGGAAGAGAACUGUGGAACUGAUGUUGGAAAGCAGUCCAUUUCGUAUGACCUACACACAGAGCAGUGUAUUGCAGACAAAAGUAUUGCUGACUGUGUAGAGGCUUUAUUAGGCUGCUAUCUGACCAGUUGUGGUGAGAGAGCUGCGCAACUGUUUCUUUGUUCUUUGGGCUUAAAAGUGCUCCCACAAGUAAGAAGGUCUGUUACUAGCACAAAUUCCAUUAGUGCAUCAUCAUCUUACCAGAAAACAAGCACCAGAGACAUCUGCACUCUUAACUCUGAGCUGUCUUCUUGCAAAGGCGUGGAAUACGGUUAUUUAAAGAUCCCUCCGAGGUGUAUGUUUGAGCACCCAGAUGCUGAAAAAACCCUUGACCAUCUAAUAUCUGGUUUUGAGAACUUUGAGAAGAAAAUAAACUAUCCAUUUAAAAACAAGGCCUACCUUCUACAGGCUUUUACACAUGCCUCUUACCACUACAAUACUAUAACUGAUUGCUACCAGCGUUUAGAAUUUCUUGGAGAUGCAAUUUUGGACUACCUCAUUACUAAGCACCUUUAUGAAGACCCACGCCAGCACUCACCAGGAGUCCUCACUGACCUGCGUUCUGCUCUUGUGAAUAACACCAUAUUUGCAUCUCUAGCUGUGAAAUAUGACUACCAUAAAUACUUCAAGGCCAUCUCUCCUGAACUGUUCCAUGUAAUUGAUGAUUUUGUGCAAUUUCAGCUUGAAAAAAAUGAAAUGCAAGGGAUGGAUUCUGAGUUACGUAGGUCUGAAGAAGACGAAGAGAAAGAAGAGGAUAUUGAAGUCCCAAAAGCAAUGGGAGACAUAUUUGAGUCACUUGCGGGAGCUAUUUAUAUGGACAGCGGCAUGUCGUUGGAAACUGUAUGGCGUGUGUACUAUCCUAUGAUGCAUCCACUAAUUGAAAAAUUCUCUGCUAAUGUUCCUCGUUCCCCAGUGAGAGAAUUGCUGGAAAUGGAGCCUGAAACUGCUAAAUUCAGUCCGGCUGAAAGAACAUACGAUGGAAAAGUCAGAGUGACAGUGGAAGUUGUUGGAAAAGGAAAAUUUAAAGGAGUUGGAAGAAGUUACAGAAUUGCCAAAUCUGCAGCAGCCAGGAGAGCACUAAGAAGCCUCAAAGCAAAUCAAUCUCAGGUCCCCAACAGCUGAGUAUUCCUGCUCUUCACUGCCGGAAGAGAAUUCAUCCCAAAGCUGAGCUCUAUCCUCCAGAAAGGCAGAAUUUCUGAUCAUACUUUUGACACCUCUACAAUGGAAUUGUGUUCUAAGAGGAACAAAAAAUAGAUUUUAUUAUGUUCAGGCACCUAAUAGACAACGGAAAGGAUGCGUAUUUGGGAGACAAGUUGUAAGCCUCUCCUCCUGCAGGGCACUGUGGGAGGGGAAAAGCAUUUUAUGUUUUGCUCCAACUCAAUCUUGUCUUCUUUUCUCCCUUUUGCUUUGGUUAAUCACGAGUGCUUUAUGUCUUUCCCAUUCCUAUUUCUAACUAAGAUCUGCUCCUUUUGGUUUUGGGUUUAAGUGCAUAAAGGGUUCAACUUGUGCCUCGAAAUACGUGAAUGAAAAAAAAGUGUGUGGGUAUAUAUAUAUAUAUAUACAGUAUGUGUAAAUUAUAUACAUGAUAUUACACACCCACACACAUAAGUAUGUCUACACAC